UAUUAUUGGAUUCGUUUGAAGAGUUUGUGAAGUAUCUCACGGAACCUUUAAAAGAAGACAAAUACUCUAAGGCUAAAACAGCGAGAGCUAUCGUUAUAUGGCUAAGUCAACAGAAAAUAGAAGGCGUAAAAUAUGGGGAAAAGAGUCUCGACACACCACGUGGUCUACUUCAGUACCUUAAGGAAGAAAAAAAUGACAUAUACAACGUGCUAUACAAUAUUAUGCAGAAAAGCAGGCUUACAAUGUAUUACCAUCAAAGGACAUGUUAAAGCUGCUAGUUAUGAGCCAGGGGACACUACUGUGCCGGAGACAACAUGGUGUGCUGUAUACGUGGAAAUGGGAUGGCAAAUCGUGCACCCAUUUUGGGUAUGUCGGGCUCUAUUUGGUCACAAGCUUGGUGGAUGGAUAAAAGUUGAAAAAGAUGGUAAAACAAUGCGUCAAACAGAAAAGGCAUCACAUGGUGUGGCAAGAAAUACAUUUACUGAUCGAUAUUUUAUGCCAAAUCCUGAGGAAUUUAUUUACGAAUGCUGUGCUAUAGAAAAAGACUGGCAGCUUGUUUCCCCGCAGUCAUGUGUAUCAUCCGUCGACGAGUUUAUACAAAAAGCAUAUCUCUUCCCGCCAUUUUUUGGUGUCGGAUUUACGCUUGUUAGUGACCCAAAGUGUGUAUUGCAUAGCAAAGAAGGGUUUUGUAAAGUUGAAAUGAAGGCAAGGACAGCAAAUGCUCAUAUGAUUGUACUUAAAUACGAACUCUUCCAAAAGGAAAUAGAUUCUGAUUCCUAUUCAAUAUUUAACACGGAAGGCAAUGUUGCAAGAAUGGUCUUUAAUUCAAGAGCUGCUGAAAUGUUUACUUUUGAUAUAAGGUUUCCAGAAACCGGUGUGUAUAAACUGGUAAUAUACGGAGGUCCGUAUAAAUCUGCUGCGCUACGUCUCUGCGAAUUCAAGCUUAUAUGUGAUCAAGAGAUGAAGGACCGCAACCUUCUUCCAAUAGAAUGUGAUGAGAUAGGAUGGGGUCCAGGUCCGGUCUCGGUAGAAGCCGGUCUUCUCAUGCCCUCUAAACCAAGUGGCUUAAUUCCUGUGAACGAAAAUGACAGAAAAACUGAAGUAAAAUUUCAACUGCGUGACAUGAAGGAACAGUACACUGCGGUCGUACACGGUGAGGUUGACGGGCGUAGAAAACAGUUGGAGGAUGAAAACAUAGAAAUAAAGAAAAAUAAACACCUACACCAGAUUAUUAUAAUUAUAAAUAUUCCCGGAAAAGGCGAGUAUGGCCUUUCUAUACAACACAAAGAAUCAAGGUCUCGCGACAAGCAAGGGAAGAAUGUCUGUAACUAUCUUGUCUCCACAUUAGCAUACAAACCAGAACGCGCAAAUGUCAAAAAUGCUAAGCAAAAGUUAAAAGAUGCGGUAGCAGCAAAUAUGGAACCUAGAAGAUGGAAGGAACAGAUAGACGAAAUACUAAAAUGUAUUGAACGGUGUAAAAAGGAGAAGGUCCCGGAUACAGAUGAUGAAAUUAUUGCUGCCACAGCAAUGGUAUGGUUCCUAACGUGUAAAGACCGGUUACGAGACUGUAUUUUAAGGAGAAACUUGCACGUAAUCCGGAAAACGCUGUUGAUAGUCAGUCAGUACAAAAAUCAGGAUGCAUUAACGAAGGAAAUUAAAGGAGUAAAAGAAUUAGAAGAAGACAUUGUUGCAUUAAGAGGUUUUGCAAGACAAGUUCCAAAACUGGAGGAAGCCAAUAAAGAAAUCGUUGCAUUGAAACAUGCUCCUUAUGAAGUUCACAAUACCUUCAAGGCGCUUCUUGUGUUGCUAGGUGACACUGAGCAAAAUUUAGAGAACUGGCCUGAUAUACAAUCUAAGAUGAAGGCUUCAACGCAUACUGCAGAAACAUCUGUCUUAGGUAAAAUGAGACGUAUUCAAAGACAGGAAAUAAGCCAAGAUAGAUUGGAAAAGGCUGUAAAUAUACUCCACCGAUUUAAGGAAGACGACGUCAGGAAAGUGAACGGCGAUGCGCACAGCUUUUAUAUAUGGAUUGAAAACGUGAUAAAUGUACAUGACAUAAAGCAGCAAGAUUCACAAACACCUGAAAAUGCUUAGACUGCAAGAUACAACUUCAUAUACUAUUUCAUUACGCUUACCUUUUCCUGUUCUCUCACAGGUAUAUUCUGUCUAAGACAGAACCAUUGCCGCUGGAAUAGUUUGUGUACAUUUUCAAAGACAGUCACAAGUAUUUCACUGUACUGAGGGAGAAAGAUUAUGUUUUUAUAUUAAUUCAUUACAUACGAUAAUUAACAGUCCGCACCAUUCAUGUUUUGAUGGUUUUAAUAUCGAAUGUUAAAAAUUAGUUCUUAUGACUUGGAAUAAAUAAUUAUACAUAUCAAAGAAAUCACAUGUACACAUUUCAUUUUAUACAUGUGAUAAUGACGCCAUUUACAAAGUAACUUGAUAAAAACUAAGACAAUGAGUUUAUAAUUUAGGGUCACUAUCGUGAGUAUGACCCAAAGUCAUAAAAGUAUGUAAUCACAUUAAAAAUAUGCCAUUUGAGUAUAAAAUGAUCAUACCACAAAGAUCUGAAAGAUUCCUUUGGGAUAUAAAAUUCGGCGAUAUACACUUUCGAAUUAUAAUUAAUGCGUGAUUCAAACAAAAUCAGACGAUUCCUCAUUUUUUUGUUGUGUAUGUAUAUGUACAUUUUCACAAAACAUUCUUAAACUGUAUAAAAAGGUGACAUCGGUAUUCAUUUUGUAAAUGGUUCAUGUAUUAAAAUGAUAUUGAAACUAUUA